AUGUGGGAUCAACUGCUGAGAGAAGCUCCCAUCGAGGACUGCUCGCUUGCAAUUUGUGGUAUCGCAUGGGUCCUUGACAAAGCUAUAGACGGCCUCUACACUGUGUUUAUUGAAAGGCAGAACAGAAGGAAUUCGCAGAAUUCGCAUAUGGCAUGGCAAAAUGAGAAUCAUUUGCAUUGCAUUCUUGAGGACAAAAUCGCUGCACCGGAAGCUGUAUGUAUUAGGUUGAGGGUUGAAUUGGGAAAAGCGUAA